CUCGUUCAAAACAAAAACAAAACUCAACUUAAAAAACUCAAGAGCCGUAACGAUCAUCAUGUUCCGCGUGUGGCUGUUUACUUUGGCUUUUUCUCUGAUUUUGGGCCUCUCGGUGGAAAACGAGGCUGAUAAAGUCAUCAAUCCGAAAUGGAUCAAACCCGGAGCCCUGGACCGGUGGACGCAGAAACAGCAGACACGCGAGCAAACGGAUUCGGUGCCAACGUUGGAGUGCCCAAAGUGUCCUCCGGAUGCCACCACCGCUACAGCGUGCAAUACGGCGGAUGAAGAACAACAGCUGGCCCUGGUCUUCUACCGCAAACUGGUCAAAACUCUGUUCGCUUCCGAUAUUUUACAGCUCCAUCCUAGCGGCAGCUACUACGAAAGUGAACUUACGGUCAAAGUAACGUCGCGACAAAUGAAGAAACUAACGGAAGACCUGGACUCACCCCGCGCUAUCGACGCAAUUGUGUCGGAAAUCUUUGAGCAAUCGGCCAACAUACGGCGACAGAUUCUACGGAAAGAGGACCGCUGUGAGCGAUUGUACGUCUUCUUACUUGGCAUCAUAGAAUCGGCCUUUCUACAAUCGAUCCUGCCGAUACUGCUGGUCAUUACCGGAUGCCUCGCUCUCCGGGUAAUCUCGCAUUUUACCCGCAUUCAUCCGUUCGUGCUGUUCUUGUUGCUCGUCCUCUGCUUCACCGUGGUCGGGAAAUGGCGAGAAUGUAACGCGAAGCUGCAAAAGAAAACAUUAGAAGACAUGAGAAUGGGCAUUGACACCGAGGGAGCCCCAACGAUGUGUGACCCACUGCAGGUUCUGGUAGAAUCCUCCGUGACCGUCCAAAUCACUUACUUUAAGGCGCUGUUCAAAGAAUUCCUUCACACGUACAACGAGAGUACGCAGGGCCUUGGAUACUGGAAUCGCAUUUUGAUCGGAGUGUUACUUCUGGGCUUCGCGUACAUACUGGUAUCGACGAUUCUGCAGGUCGGCAUCAACGCUGGUUUUCAGGUCGCCGGCAACAUCAUGAUCGCGGGACUGUUUGGACCUCGAACGAAUGCUGCCAUUGCGAACGAGCCACCUUCCAACAACCAACAGCCACAAAACGGAAAUGCACCGCAAAUUCCGGCGUUGAACUUCAACAUUCACCUCGGCGAUACGGUCGCCAGUCUCCGGCAGUCAAGAGCCGAACUGUUGCGUUUGGAAAGCCAACGUAUUGAAGAAAUUCUGGAUGAGCCAACGGUACAAGCCAUUGAGCCAGGAAACGAUGGAAAACGAGAAUCGAAAGCCAACGAUAGUUGCGAAGAGAAUCAAAGUGAGAAAAAUACCGACGAAAAGGUUGCUUCGAUCGAAGUUAAACCAGAAACCAUCAUUGUAACGAAGACCAACGAUGAUACGAAAUCGAGUGCCCAGCCAGAUGGAAGCGAAACAUGACGAACUAUUAAGCGCAGUUAAUCUGGCCUUUUAAAACACCGCUUAGCUUUUGCACAGCCGCGUUCAAAGUGCUUGCACCAAUCGUGAUUUUCGCUUAUAUAUUUAUCAAGAGUCUAUAAAGUCAUAAUGAAGUGUAAAGUUUUGUAACAAAUAAAAACAACAUCACGAAAUACUGU